GAAUCUUCUGUUGACUUAGAAAAAAGGAUAGAACAACAGACUACUUGAUCGCUCUCGGCCUGUGUGAUUAGUAUUCACCAUUGAGAUUGAGAGGGAGACUCUUACCCCGGAAAAGAUGUUUGUACUCUCUCUCCUUACUUCGGCUGCCGGAGGAGUGGUGAGUAAGGUGGCUUCACUUGCUACUGAUCAGUUGAGACUUGAUAUCGUCUGGGGGUUCCGCAAGGAACUGAAUAAGCUCAAAGAAUCCUCAACUCAGAUGGGAUAUAUCAUACAUGAUGCUGCGCACGAACCUGGAGAUCGGGAACUGCGGGCAAGGGCUGAGUGGAUGAAGAGGCUUAUAAGUGUAACUUAUAAUGCAGAAGAUAUCUUGGAUGGACUUCAAUAUGAAGUUCAUCGGAUCGUUAUAAAGGAGACAAGGCUGGAUAAGAAGAUACUUGGCUUCUUCUCCAACAAUCCUGUUGUAUUUCGUCUUCAGAUGGCACUCAAGAUUUACAACAUCAACACAUCCUUGGAUGAUCUCAACAAGCAAGCACCCGGUGUGGGACUCGUCAGAUCAAAUGGAGGUGCAGCAGCCAGUCAAGGUAUGCAGGACAGGGAAACAACCUCAUUCUUUGAGAAAAAUGAAUUCACCUUGAAAGAUGCAAUCAUUGUUGGAAGGGAUGAGGUGGUGUCAAAUAUAAUUGCAACCUUGACCAACUCCAACAAUCAAGAAAAUAUUCUUUCGGUGAUGGCCAUUGUGGGAUUGGGAGGCCUAGGUAAAACAACUUUAGCUCGCUCAGUUACCAAGCAACUGAAAGGUGAAAUGGAAAAGUACUUUGAUAUAACAUUCUGGGUGUAUGUAUCUAAUUCUUUUGAUGUCAAUUCAAUUUUACGUCGAAUGCUGGAAUCAUAUGAUGACGCGACUGUAGCAAAUCUUUCAAGUCGGGAAGCAUUGAUUGGAAGGCUCCAGCUGAAGUUGAAAGAGAAAAGGUAUUUUCUUGUACUUGAUGACGUUUGGAAUGAGGAUGCUAAUGAUUGGGAUGAUUUGAAGCGUUGUCUGUUGCAACUAUGUGCUGCCAAAGGAAGCUCUGUGAUUGUCACCACCCGUAGCGCCAAGGUUGCAUCAAUCAUGGAAACACUUCGUAGGUGUGAUCUAGAGACUUUAUCGGAUGAUGAAUGUUGGUCCAUAUUGAAGGAUAGAGCGUUUGCAGAUCCUAAUGCUCCAAUAGCUUCAGAACUAGAGGGACUCGGACGGAACAUUGCCAAAAAGUGCGCUGGUCUUCCAUUGGCAGCAAAGGUUUUGGGAAGCUUGAUGCGUUCUAAGAAUAGUAGCAACGAAUGGUCGUCAAUUCUGGAAAGUAAAAUAUGGCAGGUAUCAUCAAACAGAGGGGAUAACAGGACCAUGCCGGUUCUGAGGUUGAGUUUUGACAAUUUGAAAUCACCAUUGAAACAAUGUUUUGCAUAUUGCUCCAUGCUCGAGAAAGGUUCCUCAAUUGAAAGAGAUAACUUGAUCCAACUAUGGAUGGCUCAAGGUUUUCUCCAUCAUUCUCAUGAUCACCAAAGCAAGCAAGGGAUUGAAACAGAGGAUAUAGGCAAUAAGUAUUUUGAUACGCUACUGGAGAACUCUUUGUUUCAAGAUGCUACAAAGGAUGAGGAUGGUGUUAUCACCCGAUGCAAGAUGCAUGAUCUUGUGCAUGAUGUUGCAAUAGAAGUAUCCGAGUGUGAGAGCUUUACACCAGACUUCAAUCAUGAGAUGGAUGCUCAUGAGAUUCGACAUGUUGCAUGGAUUCCUACUCCAAUACUAGAAAGGUUGCCAGAAACAAGAAUUUCAAAACUGCGCUCACUCUUUUCAAAUGUCCAGGUCUCUAAUACUAUUUUCUUAAAGUUUAAAGCUUUACGUGUCUUAAGUUUUUGUGAGACUGAGAAUCAGAAGUUGUUAGACCAAAAAGCAGAGAAUCAGGAAUUGCCAGAUUCACUUGGUAAGCUGAAGCACUUGAGGUAUCUAGAUAUUUCCGAUACAGAAAUUGAAGCACUACCAAAGUCUAUUGGCAAGCUCUAUAACCUCCAAACAUUGAGGUUACCUUGGGAUCUCGAAAAGUGUCCAAAGGAGAUUCAAAAUUUGAUCAACUUGAGGCAUUUUUAUUUUGGUGAGGGGAUGAAAUUUGAGGCUGAGAUUUUGGGGCGAUUAACUAAUCUCCGAACACUGCCUUCCUUUAAUGUGGGUAAGGAGAGAGGUCCUGCAAUUAAGGAGUUGGGUGGGUUGAACCAAUUGAGAGGCCACUUAAUUAUUGAUGGGCUACAACAUGUAAGGGAUGGAGAAGAAGCAAAGAAUGCUAGGUUAGUGCAGAAGAAUCACUUACGUGAGCUAACAUUUAAGUGGACAGACGAUGGCUUGGCGGAUGUACUAGAUGAUGGUUCAUUAGGUAGUCACGUGCCCCCUAAUGAAAAUCAGACGGAUGUACUAGAUGAUGCUAGUUCAUUACUACCUAAUGAAAAUCAGACUUAUGUACUAGGUGGCUUGGAACCUCAUGGUAACUUGCAAAGCUUGAAGAUUGAAAAUUUUAUGGGUGUGAGAUUUCCGUCAUGGAUAACGAGUCUCCAAAAUUUGAAGCAGAUUCGACUACUCAAUUGUUGCAGUCGUGAAGGAGUCCCAACACUCGGGCAUCUACCUAAUCUAAGAUCUCUUGAAAUUAAGAGGAUGAAAAAGCUUAAAUGUGUGGGAGCUGAGUUUUAUGGUACUAGUACAACUUUGUUUCCAGCACUGAAAGCAUUAUACAUCCUUGGGUGCCAAGAGCUCAUUGAAUGGAUGGAAGCACCGAGGAUAUCAGGAGAAGUAGUGGUAUUUCCUUGCCUCGAAGAGUUGGAACUCAGGUACUGUCCCAAAUUGAGAAAUGCUCCGAGUCGUUUUCCACGUCUCAAGAGGUUGUGGAUAGACGAAAUGGACAACAACAUGCCAAUAGAAAAUAUAAGCACUCAGCUUACCACUCUCACCAAUCUCUAUAUAGAUCAUGUAAAGGGACUAACUUGUCUACCAGAAGGGAUCCUGAACAAUAACAAGAGUCUCACAUAUUUGCAGAUAGUUAAUUGUGAUGAGUUGACUUGUAUUGCUCUCGAUGUAUCUGACACGCUCCCUUGUCUUGAGGAGUUGAAAAUAACUCGUUGUCACAGCCUAGAGUCAAUUCGGAUCGCACAGGGCAUUGCAUCUCUCCGUGAAUUGUACAUCUGGAGGUGUACGGGAUUAUCAAGCCUAGAGGUUGGGCUCGAUUACUGCACCUCUCUUCAGGCGUUGCAUAUAUAUUAUUGCCCAAAUCUGAAGAUAAUUCCAAUCACACAGGGCACGCCGUCUCUCCGGAUAUUGAGGAUUCAAGGAUGUGCGGGAUUGUCAAGCCUAGGAAGUGGGCUCAACUACUGCACCUCUCUUCAGGAAUUGGAGAUUAAAGGUUGUCACAAUCUAACAUCAAUUCCAAUCUCACAGGGCAUCACAUCUCUCCGGAGGUUGAGGAUUAUUCGUUGUCAGAGAUUAUUAAGCCUACCGAGUGGGAUCCAAUUCUGCACCUCUCUUCAGCAUCUGCGUAUAACUGGUUGCUCUAGUCUAGUAUCCAUUUCAGUAUCAUAUGUGUGCGACCACCCGGACUCAACGAAUGAACCGGCGGAAGUCUCUACGGGUGUUGUUGAGUAUUUGUCUAUACAGGAGGAUUGUUGUAAUCUAGAAUCUAUUCCACCUAAUCUCCGUCAGUUGUUGAUAUGUCAUUGUGGGAAAUUCAAAUAUGUGCCCAUAGGAUUUCACCGCCUCACUCGUUUGAAGAUGCUGCAAAUUGGUUUGUUCUGGGAGGAGCUGGACGCCUUCCCUGAUUUUCAGCUUCCACCACCAUCACAUAAUUCACAACUUGAAAGCUUAGAGUUGGUGGGGUGGCCUAAGCUCAAGUCUCUGCCCCAACAAAUUCAGCACUUUACUUUUUUAAAAACUCUCUGGAUAGGAAAGUUUAUAGGACUAGAGGCUCUUCCUGAAUGGUUGGGAAAUCUUACAUCUCUUGAGACUCUACAUAUCUGGCUUUGCAAGAAUCUCAAGUAUCUACCUACACUAAAUGCUAUGAAAGGCCUCACCAAAUUGAAGAAGCUCUACAUUGAGGGAUGUCCCCUGCUCAAGGAAAGUUGCACCAAGGAGACUGGCCCAGAAUGGCUCAAGAUUUCUCACAUCCCAGAACUUGACUUUUGGUGAAGCUACGGAAUGCCUGCCAUACUAAACUAGAAUGCCUGGUCAUAUUUCAAGAGGAAAAUGUAUUAUCGAUUGAUUUCAUUCAAGUUACAAGGUUAAUCAAUUCCUAUUUGCCAGAGAUUUAUCCCUAAAGCAGGGUUCUAUCAUACUUAAUGGGAAGAUCAGAUGAAGCUGAGUGGUUGAAGAUCCAGUCACAAUAGUUCAAUCACCUCUCCCAUAGUCCCAUGUAUGAGUUAUUUGCUGUGUUUCAUUGAAGAUAAAGUGACCAUGCAUGGUGUUAAUUCAGCAGCAGCUAUGAGAAUGAGAAGUAUCCACCUCAAGUGGCAGCUAUGCAAACAAAAGAUGCACUGAGGACAACCGACAUGAGUGGCUGACUUCUUAUUUUCCAAAGGUCUACAUUGAAGCAUUAACACCUCCCUAAAGUAGCACAGUUGUAACACCUUCCUGGGGUUGAAGUUUCAGGGGAAACAUGUGCAUUGAGUGUUUGAAAUUUCAGUUGUGCAUGAUUACUUCCGUUCAUGUUCUAAAUGCAACCAGUUCCUAAAAUCAUGUUAAGCUUUUCAAAUCUUUACCUCUUCUUCCCUCCUGGUGUUCCUCUUUAAUUUGAUUCACAAGUUUUCAAAUGCAUUGUACUCUGCUCUGUAUGCUAUUUACUUGCUACAAUUUUUCCCGUUUGUUUUAGCAUCAUUUGUAAUAUCUCACAAGACCUCUCUAUCCUGAUCAAAUGGAAGAACAGCUUAGCCAGACCUGGUGCGAACUAAGUUCAGAUUGUCUCAAAGAUCAAGGAAUUGGAGCAUCCAAAAUGAUCUCAGGUGGCUGCUGUUUGGUUUGGUUCUUGCGAAGUCUGGUAACUUUGCGCUAUAUUGAGAACAAACUCCAUCUGCAUCUUGGAUAAGCCAUUUAGUCAAGCAUGCAUGGUUUCUAGAAUACUGCAAGUGAAUGGUCAGAAAAAGAAAAAAAAGUGAGAUCUCAGAAUUGCCAGGAGCAUAGGAAAGCAAAAUGUCAGUUUUGAAGAUGAGUUUUGAAAAUUUGAAAUCGCCAUGUUUUUCAUAUUGCUCAGUGUUUGUAAAAGUUAAUAGACAAGGCUAACUGGAUCCAACUCUGGAUUAAUUGGCAGAAAGAUUGCUUGACAAAACUAAUCAAGAGAUGGCGGAUACAUGCAGUGGUUAUUUUGAUAGUGUAUUAGAAUACUGUGUCUAAAUGUGAGAGCUUGAGGCGGUAUACAACUGAGCUUCAACAUGUUUCAGGGAUUCCUACUUCAACACUUGAAAUCAAGCGAGAAACAAGUGUUGGGAGAUUUUGCACUAUUGUCGAAUGACAAUGUCCCAGAAGAUAGCAUUUUCAAGGUUUGUGUGGCUUACAGUUAUAUGGGGCUGAUAUUGAUGAGUUGUUGAUUUCUAUUGGCAAGUUGAUGGAUCGAAUUUUCAAGACAAAAAUCACAGCUCUCCCCAAGUCUUUUGGCAAGUUCUAUAACCCGCAGAUAUUGAGAAUGUACAUACAGUACCAAAAAUCUAAAGAAGUUCCCAAUGGAAGUGCAAAGAUUAAUCAACUUGAGACAUCUCUAGUUUUUGAUAAAGAUAUGUAGUGGAAGUUCCAGCUGCAGUAUUGGUGCAACUGACUUAUCUCUAGAAUUGACUGAUUUGGCCUGCUUGAACCGAUUCAAAGGAGAUGCAUAAUCUGGAACAUACAUGUAAUGGGGUCACUGUUUGACCACACCAAGUAUAUGACACCUCGAUCGAAGCAUUCCGUCAUCUUUUCCCUACUUCUGCCUCGGAUGUAUCCUUUUCCCUCUUACAUAGGCUAUCAGUUAGAUUAUUUGAGAUAAUUCUUUUUUGGUGUAUUCAGAGCUAAUUUAAUGGUUCUAGACUUCAAAAUUUCAAAACUUCAGGGUAAUAUAGGACACUCCAAUUACUUACAGCUAAAUUAUUUAACGAUCAAGCACACGUAACCUCUAAAUUUGGUUUAUGCAAUCACCAAAAUUGCCCCAAGUUUGAGGAAUAUGGACAUUGGAACUCUUCAAAAUCUGAGAAAAAAAUGGGGGCUUUAUUCUUUUUCUUGGAGUCAAGUUAGUUUACAACUUGGUGUUCUGCAUCUCUAGCAUAUUUGAUUCUCCAAGUCAAGAAUAACUGCUACUUGGUCCCUUUCUUACCUAGCCAAAAAGUUAAUCAUUGCUUAAUGAAGAAGAGCAGUUGUUAACUUGGGAAUACAAUUGGAAAUAGGUAUCUAAGCUACCCAAGUCUUGUAAGGGUGGGUUCACUUGGUUCUUUGCCUGUGCUGCAAGUCUAAUAUGUUCUAUACAGACAGACGUGAAGAAUUCUACAUAGGUAGUGAGUAGUGAUAACUCAAAUUUUUUAUAAAGCUAUCCCCAAUAGAAUAGUGUACUGUUCUUUCAUAAAGCUAUAGCUGACAUGGAGUGAAGGCAAAGUGAUCCCAAGCCAACCAUACGCAGCAUCUAUUCUCAACAGUCCAGCUAUAGCUUUUACAAGAAAAACACUUGGAACUCACUACGCCUGCCUGAUCGACCCUUGAGAUUGAGAGUGAUUUUGAAAACCCCGGAA